GGUUGAUUGUAAUGAUUUGCUAGAGUGAAAGUUGGGAGGGCCUUCUUCUUUGGAGAUAAACAUCUGCCCAGAUUUAAAGGUGGGAAAUAUCUUUAAGUGUGGGAGAUCGACUUCCUAGAAGAAUGAAAGCGGACUUGGGGGAAAAACCAAUUUUAAGGAUAUAAUAGAUUUCAGAUGCUUCAAGUACUGUGAACAGAGACUUACUUGGAUUAUGUAUUUCUCGGCUAGACUGAAUAAAUGCUAGCAAUGGACACGUGCAAACACAUUAGGCAGUUGCGGCUGGCUCAAGACCAUUCCAUCCUCAAUCCUCAGAAAUGGCAUUGCGUGGACUGCAACACAACUGAGUCGAUCUGGGCUUGCCUCAGCUGUUCCCACGUUGCCUGUGGAAGAUAUAUCGAAGAACAUGCACUCAAGCACUUUCAAGAAAGCAGUCAUCCUAUUGCAUUUGAAGUGAAUGAGAUGUAUGUUUUUUGUUAUCUUUGUGAUGAUUAUGUUCUUAAUGACAAUGCAACUGGAGACCUGAAGUUAUUACGAAGUACCUUAAGUGCUAUCAGAAGUCAGAAUUAUCACUGUACCACUCGUAGUGGAAAAGUUUUACGGUCUGUGGGUACAAGUGAUGAUUCGUAUUUCCUACAGGAUGGCACCCAAUCUCUGUUUCAGAAUGAAGAUCAAAUGUACACCGCUCUUUGGCACAGGAGAAGGACACUAAUGGGUAAGAUCUUUCGAACUUGGUUUGAACAAUCACCCAUUGGAAGAAAAAAGCAAGAGGAACAAUUUCAGGAAAAAUUCGUGGAAAAAAGAGAAGUUAAGAAAAGACGACAAGAAUUAGAAUAUCAGAUUAAAGCAGACUUGGAAAGUAUGCCUCCAAGAAAGAGUUUACGUUUGCAGGGUCUAGCUCAGUCCACCACAGUAGAAAUAGUCCCUGCUCAAGUGCCACUACAAACCGCAGAAUCACCAGUAACAGAUACAAUUUCUACCUCAGAAGAUGUCAGAUUAAACAAAAUCACUGAUUUUUCAGCUAGGCGAAAGCCAGUAGUAACUCCUGGUGUAACAGGACUGAGAAAUCUGGGAAAUACUUGCUAUAUGAAUUCUGUUCUUCAGGUGUUGAGUCAUUUACUUAUUUUUCGACAGUGUUUUUUAAAACUUGAUCUGAACCAGUGGCUAGCUGUGACAACUAGUGAUAAGACAAGAUCAUCUUUUAAGCCUCCGCCUGUCACAGAUACAGUAUAUCAAAUGAAUGAAUGUCAGGAAAAAGAUAUGAUCUCUGUUCCCACCAGACACCCAAGUUUAUCAUCAGGACUAAGUGGUGGAGCAUCAAAGAGUAGAAAGAUGGAACUUAUUCAACCAAAAGAGCCAGAUUCACAAUACAUUUCUCUGUGUCAUGAAUUACAUACUCUGUUCCAAGUCAUGUGGUCUGGAAAAUGGGCAUUAGUCUCACCAUUUGCUAUGUUGCACUCAGUGUGGAGACUGAUUCCUGCCUUUCGUGGUUAUGCCCAACAAGAUGCUCAGGAAUUUCUAUGUGAACUUUUGGAUAAAAUACAACAUGAACUAGAGACAACUGGUACCAGAUUACCAGCUCUUAUUCCUACUUCUCAACGGAAACUUAUCAAACAAGUUCUGAAUGUUGUGAAUAAUAUUUUUCAUGGACAACUUCUUAGUCAGGUUACAUGUCUUGCAUGUGAUAACAAAUCAAAUACUAUAGAACCUUUCUGGGACUUGUCUCUGGAAUUUCCAGAAAGAUAUCAAUGCUGUGGAAAAGAUGUUGCUUCUCAGCCAUGUCUGGUUACUGAAAUGCUGGCCAAAUUCACAGAAACUGAAGCCUUAGAAGGAAAAAUCUACGUAUGUGAUCAGUGUAAUUCAAAACGUAGAAGAUUUUCUUCAAAACCAGUUGUACUCACAGAUGCCCAAAAACAGCUUAUGAUAUGUCAUCUACCUCAGGUUUUAAGACUACAUCUCAAACGAUUCAGGUGGUCAGGACGUAACAAUAGAGAGAAGAUCGGUGUUCAUGUUGGCUUUGAAGAAAUCUUAAACAUGGAACCCUACUGCUGCAGAGAAUCUCUGAAAUCUCUCAGACCAGAAAGUUUUAUCUACGAUUUAUCUGCCGUAGUGAUGCACCAUGGGAAAGGAUUUGGCUCAGGACACUAUACUGCCUACUGCUAUAAUUCUGAAGGAGGGUUCUGGGUACACUGCAAUGAUUCCAAGCUAAGCAUGUGCACUAUGGAUGAAGUAUGCAAGGCCCAAGCUUAUAUCUUGUUUUACACCCAGCGAAUUACUGAGAAUGGACAUUCUAAACUCUUGCCUCCAGAACUCUUGUCUGGUAGCCAACAUCCCAAUGAAGAAGCUGGUACCUCUUCUAACGAAAUCCUUAGCUAACCCAAAGAGAGGGGCUUUUAUUGAUUUGCAUAUAUACUUUUUUAAAGGGCUGACUUAAAACCGAGAUGCAUUGUUUAUUUUUUUACUUAUGAAUCAGUGCACAUUGUUUAUAUAUUUUGUAUCUACAGUAAAAUUCUUUAAUCAAUAGAGACAAAGUUAGCAUAUAUAGAUAUACAUACCAACGGCAGGUAAUUAAGCUUUUUUCAAAACUUGAAAAUUUUCAGUUUUAGCAUUUACCUCAGACUGGUGUUACUUUUUAUUUUUUGGAUGUCUGAAGACUCAGAUCAUGAAUUUGCAGUCUUCUACUGAAGAAAUUCAGAUGGCAUCAUUUUAUAUAUUUAUCUUUUGUAGCUAUUUUCUAUAUAAAUUCUUAUUAGAUGAAAAAUUAGAUACUAACGUCACUACUCUGACCUCAAAAAGCAUUUUUUUUCAGGGCCAUUGAAAGGUGUUAAAAUACUGCAAAUUGAAAUAUUAAGCUAUCACCUAAAUAAAUGUCACCAAUCAUACCCACUGAAAUUACUGCGGCUUGUGUGUUGCAGGGCUCAGAAUAUUUAUUACUUUGGGUAACAAUUUAUUUUUUUAAAUUUACCAUUUUAAUAAUUGUUUUCCAUUCAUUUUUCAUAGCCACUCUACCAGUGAAAAUGGCAGCUUUAUAAACAGUAUGUCUUAAUAUGACUUCAGUAUUAUGAGCAUUAAGAAGUGAUGGUUGAGGCUUAUGAUGAUUUGUCUGGCAGCAAACAGGUCUGUCCAGAUAAAGCAGUCAUAUCAAAUGUAUGGAUUCAGAAAUGUAUUAUGAACGUAUGUACAAAGUACAGGCUAACUUGGAUAUCUCACUUCAUGUUUAAUAGAUCUUUUAAAGCUUUUGUGCCAUAUACUUAAAGGGUAUACACGUCUUUUAGAAAUAAAUUGCAUAGGGCAGAAAUAACUUCAAAAUUAGCAACAGUACAAUGUAUUUGGGAACAGUUUUCGAGUCCUACUGCUGUUAACUACAUCUUAUUCAGAAAGAAACUCCACUAACCUUUAGAUCAGCUCCAUCAAAUCUUAGCUCAGUAUUAACCACUGGAAGAUCAUUUACCUCAAUCGUGUGAGAUACUGCUUUUUCAGUAGUGAUCGUCUGUAAAGGGGCAGCUAUUAGCAAAUUUUCCUUAAAUGUUAGAGAAUAAGUUAUCUGGAACAGCUGAUCAUGAAGUGCAAUGAAAAUGGUAUCAGUGACCAGAAAAAUCAUUUAUGCCAGAAAUACAACUUGAGUAUUAAAAUGGCUAAGGUUUAAAGUCAUGUGUUAAUACCCAUGCAAGUUGUUACCUCAAGUGUUAUGCAAUUAUACCUCAUUAAAGAUUUAUAUGGCCAAGA